GAGAAGAAAUGACUGGGAAACGCGGUCAUUCUUUCCCGUCACGGAACCCUACGCCCCAAUUGCGUAUCCAUGGCGCUCCAAUUCGCGUCCUCGGCACUCGAUAUCUCCCGCCGCCGGCGCCGGUGGCUCAUCCUCGUCGCAGCCGUUGGGUUCUCCGGCUAUGGCGCCUACAAGCUCUACCACCUCCCCUCCGUCGCGCGGAGGCGGAGGCAGCUCGCCAGCCUCUUUAACGCUCUCGUCUCCGUCUCCGAGGCCGUCGUACUCGUCUCUGAUGACUUGAACCGGUUCCUCCGUUCGGAAAAAGACGAGAUCCCGACCAGCUUGAAGCAGCUGGCCAAGAUCGCAGCGUCGGAGGAGUUCACCGCGUCGGUAUCGAGCUUCUCGGAAGCCGUUACCGUUGGGAUCGUCCGGGGUUUGGGUUCCGAUUCAGAACGAGGUGGAAAGGUUGGAUCGUGCGGGUUGGGACCUCAAAUUGCCUCCCCUGGCUUCUCCGAUCGGUUCUUUGAGAAGCUCUGCUCCCCAGAGGGCACGGGAUUCGCCUCUAUAGUGGUGGGAAGCUUCGCGAGGAACCUCGUGCUGGCUAUCCGUUCGGGUGGUCAGGGUGGUGAAUCAGUUGGACGGCAUAGUGAUGAAGCUAUCCCAACUUGGUUUCGGUUGCUUUCUGAUGAUAAUUCCCGGGAGCUCAUUGCUGAUUGUAUUCAGCAGUUUGUGAGCACUGCUGUCACGGUGUACCUUGAGAAGACUAUGGUGAUCAAUCCGUAUGAUCAGAUUUUCUCUGGCCUUACGAACCCCAAGCACGAGGCAAAGAUGAAGGACAUAUUAGUUUCGGUUUGUAAUGGGGCUGUUGAAACCCUUGUCAGGACUUCUCAUCAUGUGAUGAAUAAUAAUGGCUCCUUGACCUCCUCAGUGAGCAGAGUAAACAUUACUGGGCGAGAAGGAGAAGUGUUGGAACAACUAUCUAAUCGGCAAAGGAAUUGUCUUAACGAUCACAAUGCUAACAAUAGUGUUGCAUGGGCUGAACGAGUCUCUUCCACAUUGGCAGUUCCCUGCAACAGGAAGCUUGUUCUUGAUGUCACAGGUAGAGUGACAUUUGAGACCGUGAGAUCGUUUCUUGAUUUUCUAUAUUGGAAAUUGUCUGAUUCUGCAAGGAAAGGGGCUUCAGUAAUUCACAGGGAGGUAGCAGAAAGAGGUUUGGAGGUGGUGAGAUAUGUCAGUGCUAAAUCAUUGGCUUCAAUCACUAUAUGUCUUGCUUUGUGCAUGCAAUUAUGUGUUGGAACAAGAUUCUUGACACCAGCAUAAGUAUGUUUUUUAGCAUUGCAACUUCUCAUGUUUGGAAACAACAAUGCUCUUUGACCAUAUGGCGAUAAGGUGGACAAUAUUAUUCUGUUGGAAAUUCAUGUUACUUUUCAUUGGCAUGAUUGUUUUCAUGAUAAUUGUUCAAAGUGCAAUUUCCGGGUCUUAUCAAGAUACAUAUAUGAAGAAUUGAGGGUUUUGCUAUUCUGUUUUUCAGAAGAAAAUAAUGCAGAUAAUACAUUAGUUGAUGAAUUAGGAUAGAAGGACAAAUAGGGUAAGUUCGAUACUACCAGUAAGGGUAGUGCCUGAACCCACUCAUUGUUCGCCGUGUGUAUACCAAUUACCAACUUCUUUUUUUUUAAAAAAAAAAAGUCAUAUGAAUUGUUAAUUCGUACACACAUGGUGACCAAUGAGUGGCGUUAAGGCACUACCCUUACUGGUAGGAUUGAACUUACUGACAUAUAGAUACAAUGCCAAGGUGCUCCAUUAGUAUCAGCAUACAUUGUGCAAGAGAAAUAUAGAAAAUUAUCAGAGUGAUAGUGGAUUCUGCAAAAUGUUUAUCUAAUGGAAGCUUGAUCAUUGAUCCUAUGUGCUAGACAAAUUGCGUGCCAAUGUACAUGAUGUUAUGCCAAAAGUAUCUUGAUGAUGUAGACAAUAGUACAACACUACAACUGCAUUAUGCUUUACAUAUAUGUCGAAAGUCAAAAAUUAUAUCUUUGGAAAAUUCCAUAAAACUUAAUGUGAAAGUACAUGAUGUUAGACAUAGUGUGUGCCAGUGUACAUGUGUUAUGUUGAGAGUAUCUUGAUGUUGUAGACAAUAGUACAUCUACAUUAUGUUUUAUGUUGAGUCAAAUUUUAAAUUUUGGAACCUAAUGUGAACGUUGUCUUUCAGAAAUAUGUAGCUUAAAUAGCAAAUUCUCUAUUCAAAUCAUGAGUGCUUUACCUUUUUUACUUUUCAACAUAGUUCAGGGUUUAUUGCGUUCUUGAAAUUUUAUUUUGUGUGCAAAUGGGGUAUUGUCUUCUUAUGCAUUAUUUUUUUUUUUAAAAAAACAUACACCUGUGUAAGUCACACAUAUUUCACUUGUUAUUCAUAAUCCUACGUUCUUCAAGAUUUGUUUUGUUUGUUUGAAUUAUUAAUGAAAAAGUUAUCUUUGUCAAAUAGAUCUAUUGUAGCACCAUAAGAAGUUACUAUUUUUCUACUUGGGGAUUACAAUUACUUAUAGACACCAGCAUUAUGAUACUCUUUGUUUCAUGUGGGCAUAAGAGGAAAUAGUGGGGAGAGAAGUAGAUGAGAGUGGUUUUCUUUUCAAAGAGUUAUACAAUAGGACUUUACAGAUAGUUGCUGAACAACUAUAAGGCUAUCCAUUCUCUUAUUGUCUCAAAUAUUUCAACUUUUUUCAGAAUAAACAGAAGGCAACUAGUCUACUAAAGAUUCAUCUAGAGGUUUCAAACUGUUUGAACUUAUUCUAGAAAAUCAUCGAUUGGGAGUACCUAGUUUGCAUGUAGUCACCACCAGCAGCUCUAGAAGCACUUUACUAUAUAAAUGAGACCUUCCAUACAAUGAAAUUAUUUACUAGUUGAUGUACUCUGGAGUAGCAUACUGAAGAUGUGUUGAUGCCAUUCAGCAUGUCAUUCAGCAUGUCAUUCAUGUUAUUUGAUUACCCAUCUGCUGCACAUGUUGAACAAAAAGCCUAUCAAGGAUUAUCCUUCACAUUUCAGAAGACAGUUUUUCACUUAGUAAUUACAAAAUAGCAUAAGCUUGGUCAACUAUCAUGUAUUUAUGGCAACCUACCAAACUUUUUAAAGUUUCUCUGUUGGAGAUUAGCCUAUCUUCUAGGUUAACUCCCAUUGUGAAAAACUCCAGUAUGUGAAUGAGAAAAAUUACAUCCAUCUCUUAAUUGAGGUUAUUGUCUAUGGGUCCCCAGGCUCACUAGUGAAGAGCAGGGAUUGACUCUAAUGAUAUCAUUUGUAAAAGGGUAAAGGAUCCACCAAGCUAAAAUGACUGACCACCUGAUCUGCUUGUCUGUCUACCACAUAAACUUAUAAGAUUAUCUCUUUUUAGUAUAUACAACGCUAUCAUGUCAGAAAUAUUGCCUGUCGGUUUGGUCAUGACAUGGAUCACCUUGCUUUGGAGAUGAAGCUAGUUAUAAUCAUACAACAUUUAUUCCCUCUUCAUGGAACUAGCAUGCAUUCGAGUUGGGACAGCCCUGAUCCAACAGCCAAUACACCCAUGAUAAAGAGGUCUGGCUCUGAUACCAUCGACUUUGUAAAAUUCUACAGAAAAAGAUCUUGUAAGUUGUGGCUCAUAUGGUUACUAAUAACUGGCAAUGUCUGAAUACCCUUUCUUUUUUCCUUACCUGUAACUUACUUUUCAACCUGUAAAAACUCAAUAUGACACUACAUGGCCAACUCUUCUCUGUGGAAGGUGGAUUUGAUGUUGUUAUGGACAGUCCCAAGGGUAGUGAAUUGGAUGUUUACUGUACCACAUGUUUUACUUGGAGUUUUUUUUUUCAGGCUUGUUCUUCAGAAAUGUAUUUGCAAUCAUUCAGAUGAAUUGAUCUUUGAGUAAAUGUCUUGUAGCCAAUAUUUUUAAGGUUUGCGUUGCAAUUGGAAUUUGCCAUAUCUCUUAUCUCUAAUAGAAUGAACACAAUUGUUUUUAAUUUUGUCUGUUGUCUUGCAGUAUUUUAAUCCUUAGUUUAAUCCGAACUUCAUUAUUAUGAGAUUUUAUAUUUUUUAUGUGUUCUUAUUUGUCUUAGGUAUCUAUGUACAAACUAUCUAUGACUUGCAUUGUACUUUGACCAGUGCCCGAGUUCUUUAAAAUAAGAUGAUUCUUUUUCUUCCCACUUGGAAAUUUUCAUUCUUGCUCACUUGCCCACUUGCAAUUCUAACUCGAGUUGAGCCACAUCUUUAAUUACAGAUCCUGCAUAAAGUGCAUGCUUCUGUGCUCCACCAAGAUCUGCAAUGAAGCACAAGGUCAACGCUGACACUUUCCUGAAAGCAAAGCCUCCUCUAGUUGCCAUUGGAGAUCCACCAGCGCCACCACGGCCACCACUGUGUGGAUACCAACUAAAACAUCAUUAAUGCAAUCCAUUCCUUCAUGACUUUUCACUUGUGGUUAAACCACUUUGCAUCCUACUUUGUGGCAUUACAGGAUCAG